GGUACGACGUCGUGGUGCAGUUGGUCACGCCAGAGAUGGCCCCGCCGGACGGCGGCAAGUUUAGCCACUUCGCCGGCAGCCUCUCCUCGGGCUCCUCGCUCGGCGUCUCGGGGCCCCACGGCCUGUACCGCUACCUCGGCGCCGGGCGCUUCGAGCGCCGCUGUGGCUCCGCCGCGGCGGAGGAGGUGCGGGCUACCGACGUGGCCUUGGUGGCCAAGGGUUCUGCGAUCAACACCGUGAUGAACCUUGCACAGAUGGUAGCCAGAGAGAAGGAGGACGCUCCCAAGCUCUGGAUCAUCGCGGCCGCCCGCGGCGCCGACGCGGUGCUCCACCGCUCGGCGGUCGAGGGCCUCGCCGCCCAGAGGC